AUGGAGGAUUCUACCACCCGCCCAGAUACCCCAAUGACUCCUCGUAGAAAUGACCAGCAUGAUGCAGCAUUGGGAACACCAUUCCUCGGAAGGAUAUUUGGGCUUCCUAACAACAAAGUGAAUGCUACUCCAAGACCACAUGUAUCCGAACAAGAAAAAACAACACCUACACAGGCUGCUGAAAUGCCAACGACACUGAGUCAGCGACCAAGCAGGGCUUCGAGCAUCGUGUCGACGAUGACAAGCUCUACGAUUGCUACGCUACAAGACGAUGCUCGAAGUACUCGAAGCGUUCGAAGCGUUGACAUUUUGUUAGGCAGGAGGCUCUUUCAUAUCAAUCGGGAUGGGUCGAAGAUAUCCGUCUCAGCAGAUAAUGACCUACCUCCAUAUUCGCCCCCAGUCCCGGCUUACACACCAUUCAGCGGUCAGUUAAAUACGGGGACCCAAGAUGACCCGCAACCGCCUGAACCUGCUACUCCCACUGGGCCUACACCAACGCGUGCGCUUGCGCCUGCACCUUCGCCUACGCCUGCGCCGACACAAAAAAGCCGCAUGCAUAUUCCCUUUUGGAUGGAUAGGCCCCGUCAUCGACGACAAUCGUCAAGUAUAUCCCAGGGCAAUGUUAGAGCUUCUCUAGGACUACUAAAUUCAAACUCGAUGUUUGAUUUAUCAAAGCUACCAAGCGCAAACCGAUCUAAUGCAGAUUCGGAAACUCCGGAUGAGAAUGGUGUCUAUCGCAGCCCAUCAUUCAACCCUGGACCGGAAAGGAUAUCUGUUGUUCCGACAAGACGAUCUGCCUCUCAGGGUAAUAUAGCAACAGAUAAUAUACAUUCUCUUCCUGGGAGUAAGGAUGCAAGCUACCUUAGGCGGAGGAACGGUGUUCGACUCCCCAAACUUUUCACCAGUUUAGCCAAUAUCAAAUUUGGUAGUUCAUCCGAUCAAGAGCAAGACCAAGACAUCACUUCAUCCGGUGAUCAUGUAACACAUUCAGCGGGGCCCAGCUUUGGUUCAGGGCAAAGAAAAUUUGCACAAUCGCCAGAAUUUAUAGUACACGGUACUAGCAGUGGAUUUCUGACACCUUCGUACUCGACACACCUAUCACCAAAUGACGGAACCUAUCAUCACAGCUCAUCGCUGCCCAAUAUCCCCACACAUUCUCUAGUUGUUCCCCAGAGCCCCGCAAAAGCGCUGCAUGCGCGAGAUCAGGAACUGGCCGCGAUGCGGGAGCGGCUGAACGAGAUCGAUCAGGUAUACCGCCAGGAGUUGAGAUCGCGAGACUUCACCAUUGACGAUUUGAGGAAAAGACUGGAGAAUCUUCAGAAGCAGAUGACGGAGAGUAUCGAGCGGGCGAAGAAUGAGGUUGACGAUAUGUGGGAGAUACGGUGGAAGGAUCGGGAUCGCCAUCUUGUGGAACGCAUGAGGAGGAUUGAGAUUGAGAGUCAGAUACAGGUUGAGAAUGCUGUGGCGGACCGCGAUGAGGAGUGGGCAGCGGAGUGGGAGAAGAGGAAUAGCGUGCUUUUGGAACGGUUGAGGAUUGCUGAAAGUCGCUCUGCGGGUCAGAGCUUACGCACUCCUUAA